AUGAGGGCUAAACGGAAAGCAGUAGCCAUCACAUCAUCGUGUCCAUGCUGUCCACCAAAAGCCAAACAAUCUAGACAGCAAUCAGGGUUGGAAACAAAAACCACCAACUCCAGUGUUUCUAACGGUGUUACCACACAUACAGUUAACACGCGCAGUGGACACAAAAAUGUUCAAGCUAAACAUAAUAGGCAUAAGGAAACGCAGCAUGAUUCAAUUGUUCCUCAGGUUACAAUAGAUCAGUCAAGAAAAAACAAACGGAUCAAAAAGUCUAAGAAAAACAGUGCUAGUACCACAAAUAAUCAGGAGACUCACAAGUCAAAUGACUCUGGUCCGAUACAUUUAGGUAUGCCAGAGCAUCAGAAUGUUCAGCAUCAACAGAUAAACCUAGUUGAGGCUCAACAAAAUGACUUUGAUCCAUAUGUACCUCCAUACAGUGAUGAGGGAACUGAGGAUUCAGAAGAUUCCGACGGGUCAGAGGAGGAAGUUGGGCAGUCUGUAAGGGAAGCCAUUAACCACCAUGUCAGGGACAUUGUUGCUGGAGAUAGACAAGUUCCGGGCUUUAUCCACAGCAAUGGACGACAUGCCAUCAGUAGUCCCGGAGCAUCUGUUAGAAAUUUGAACCGUUCUGUCCACAAGCUGCUGGAUGCCUCUAUAGCACCUGCAACAGCUAAUAGUUAUAAGAAUGCUUUACGGCACUAUAACCGCUUUCACAACACAUAUUAUCCAACAGACAGGUUGUUACCAAUAUCAACAACCCGAAUAUGUCAAUUUAUUGCUUAUUGUCAUGACAGGCAAUUCAAGGGUUCUUCUAUCACAUCCAUGGUCUCAGCUUUAGCCUAUCUUCACAAUAUUUGUGAUAGGAAAGAUCCUACAAAAGCAUUCGUGGUUAAAAAAAUCUUAUUUGGUCUGCGUAAAAUUCAAAAUACAGAUAAAAGGUUACCAAUUUCUUAUGACAUCUUACGGCAGAUGGUUCAAGUUUUGCCCCAGGUUAUGGUCAACCCCGAAUUACGUUUGCUGUGCCAGACUAUGUUCGUAGUAGCUUUCUUUGCUUUGUUACGUAUAGGGGAAAUUACUGUCACACAAUCGGGGGACCGCAAUACAAUUUUGUUGAAGAAUGUCAGUUUCCAGUAUAUCAAUCACAAACCUAUGAAGGCGUCUUUAGUCUUGGUCAGCUUCAAACAUUCCCAAGGGGUGUCAGCUACAGUAUCGGUUAAACGUCACAAAAAUAAGAACACAUGUCCGGUGCGAUUAUUGCAUAAAUACAUCAGCAGUUGCAAUCACACCACAUGAACAUUAUUUAACUUUCCAUGUGGCCGUCCAGUCACUGACAAUUUUUUUAGAUCUGUUUUACGUGAAUGUAUUCAGAAAUGUAGGUUAGAUCCAGCAUUAUAUACACCUCAUUCAUUUUGUAUAGGGGGCGCAACUCAUGCGUAUGACUGUAAUCUGUCUGAUUCUAGGAUCAGGUUAUUAGGCAGAUGGAAGUCAAAUGCUUAUCAGAAAUAUAUUCGGCCUUCAAAUUCAUUAACAUAGGAGUAUGGGGGUUUGGUAGAGGGAUAUAUCUCCCCUCUUUGGUUUACCAAAUUUAUGGUACUAGUAAAAAUAGAAAUAGCUUUAUUUAAAAUAAAUACCUCGGACACAUUUUGCCAGUUUUAGAGGUACCGUUUGUCAUGUCUGGUGGAGCCAGCAUGGCCUGUGACAGUAUUCUUGUCUGGUGGAGCCAGCAAGUUUUGUUAUAUUUGCGGACUUGGACAGAUAUAUAACUUUGAUCUCGUGAAUCAUUUAUUUUACAUUCUUGUGUUAGUUUUUGCAGUCGGACGACUGAAAAUGACAAUUACAGUAUUACAUGCUUGUCUGACAUUUAUUAUUAUUAUAGUGUAAUGUAUAAACAUUUCGGGUGACAGUCUAGUUGAGCCAGCUGUUUAACAGGCACCGUGUUGCUAUUAUUAGGUUGUAAUCUGUAGACAUUUCGGGUGCCAGUCUGGUUGAGCCAUCUGGUUAGCAACCACCAUGUUGCUAUUAUUAGGUUUUUAAUGUGUUAUAAUCUGUAAGCAUUUCGGGUGCCAGUCUGGUUAAGCCAGCUGUUUAACAGCCACCGUGUUGCUAUUAGUAUGUGGCUAUUCUGUUGAAAUCUGUAAGCGUUUUUGGUGCCAGUCUGGUUGAGCCAGCUGGUUAACAGCCACCAUGUUGCUACUAUUAUAUGGUUAUUAUGUUGAAACUGUUAAUUUUUUGGGUGCCAGUCUGGUUGAACCAGCUGUACUAACAUUCACCAUCUAUAUGUAUAUCAUUUGUAUAUGUUAUCAAUUGAUUUCUUGUGCAAGGUUGAUGGUUUCUGUUCCGGUUGUGCCGGCCAGAUAACCUCCGCAUCCGCUUAUAAGGUUCAAGGUGGUGUUCACUGUUUGUUAUUACUGUUAUCAGUAUUAAUGUGCCAUUUUAGUAUUUCAUUCUAGUCCCAUUUUUACAUUUUGGUUAAUAGUAAUUUACAUGUUUACAUAUGUACAUAGAUAUUACAUCUGAUAUGUUUUUGUUUUGCUUCAUUUCAUUAUUAUUUUUAGUUUUUUCUUUUUGAAACAAUAUGCUAGUGUUUGGGUUACCUAUUUGUUCCAUCCUUGAAUUUAACUAGGAUUGUAUGACUGGUUAGAUAAGUUCUACCAAAGGUUUUAAGCAAAAAUGUAAUAGCAGCAUACAUAUUACUCGCAUUGAUGGUUAAUUUUCUGUUUUUUCAUUCAUGAGACUUCAGGUUAUGUGGUGUAUAUAGUUACCGUCAUGUAAUGUUUCCCCAUAGAUUUCUUUCGUUUCAUCCUGGGCGCUGUUUGGCGGUUUCUGGUCGCCCGGAUAUAGAAAACUAUCACUGAUGUUUAAUCUGUUUUACUUUUAUGGUAUUUUAAUAAUAAAUACCCUCUAUUCAAUUCAAUAUCUGUUGUUGAGUUUUCUAUACAGAGUGAUACUUCAGUAACCUUUUGGGAAACAAUAGGACAUAAAUAUAUUUUAUAUAUGUAUAAAAUGUUUUAUGUACUUGUUUCUUAUUCUGUUCUGCAUAUAUGUUUUAACCAUGACUCAUGGUUCAACGAAGGGGCUUAUGUUAAGUGUAUUGUAAAAAGGAGCCAAUGAGAUCCAUUCCUUUAUGUCACAUGGUUAUAUGAACCAAUCGCUUGCUGAGUAGUCAGUCUUUAUUUAGUUGCGGAAUCUGUUAGAGGUGAUUCAUUUUCGUUUAGACCUCCACCUCCCCAACCACCUCUUUUUAUAACUUUUUUGAACAUUUGGAUCCGUUAAGACAAUCAGUCCAUAGUUUUUUAAAGAUUCUCAUUGGCUCUUCAUUUUAUAUAAAACAAGAGCUGUCGGAGGACAGCAACGCUCGACUAUUUAACAGCCUUGUCGCUUGAAUGAAUAAGAAAGUCGAAAAAGGGGCAUAAUUUAGUAAAAAAGUAAAAUAGGGUUAUGGAACCUGCAAAGUGCUUAUCAGCUCAUGACAGUGGACAAGUGUAUGAAGUUUCAAUCCAUUCCCAUUAGUGGGUACUGAGAUACCAGCUUACAUAUAAGAAUUUAACCCAAAAACUCCUAAGUUGAAAAAGGGGCAUAAUUUUGUAAAAUGCAAAGUUGAGUUAUUGAUCCUUUGCACUGCAUGUCAUAUCAUGACAGUGAACUAGUGUGUGAAGUUUCAAUCCUUUCCCAUUAGUGGAUACUGAGAUACCAGCUUACAUACAAAAACUUAACCAAAAAUUUCUAUGUUGAAAAAGGGGCAUAAUUUUUAAAAAAAAGCAAAAUAAAGUUAUGGGACCUGCUUUGUGCAUGUCAGAUCAUGACAGUGAACAAGUGUGUGAAGUUUCAAUCCAUUCCCAUUAGUGAGUACUGAGAUACCAGCUUACAUACAAAACCUUAACCAAAAAAUUCUAAGUCGAAAAAGGGGCAUAAUUUUGUAAAAAAGCAAAAUAGAGUUAUGGAACCUGUGCAAUGUAAGUCAGUUUAUCACAGUAAAUAAGUGUGUGAAGUUUAAAUCCAUUCCCACAAGUGGUUACUGAGAUACCAGCUUACAUACAAAACCUUAACCAAAAAUUUCUAAGUCAAAAAAGGGGCAUAAUUUUGUAAAAGAGCAAAACAGAGUUAUUGAACCUGUGCAAUGUAAGUCAGUUUAUCACAGUGAAUAAGUGUGUGAAGUUUCAAUCCAUUCCCACAAGUGGUUGCUGAGAUACCAGCUUACAUACAAAAACUUAACCAAAUCGGGACGCGGACGCCGACGCGGACGCCGACGCGGACGCAUACGCCGACGCAUGGGCGAGUCCAAUAGCUCUACUAUUCUAUGAAUAGUCGAGCUAAAAACGUUGUAAUGUUCCAUUUUCUAAUUUGCUUAUUUGCUUGAAAUUUGAAGCCUUUUACAUUUGUUAAAUCUGGUUUUAUGACAAUUUUCAUUAUACUGUGUUUUACAUACGGGUCGGCGGUUUCUGGUCGCCCGGAUAUAGAAAACUGUCACUGAUGUUUAAUCUCUUUUACUUUUAUGGUAUUUUAAUAAUAAAUACCCUCUAUUCAAUUCAA